GGGAUUCAGCACAGUAAAUUCAUCCAUUAUGGUGAAAGCUUCAGAAAGACUAGCUAACUGACUGCACCUAGCAUUCUGUAGUCAUUGCUGUAGAGUCCAUUCUAUUUAGCAUCAGUGUGGAUUAACCAAGAGGAAGCAUCAUACUAUUGUUUAAGUCAGUAUAUUAAGCUGCCUUUUCACCAGGAUUACUGCAAGACAUGGCUUCAAACUACAUUUAUCAUGGGACAGUCAACCAGUCUGGAUUCAACAAGAAAACAAUCUUGGUAUAUUACAAGCAGCAAUGGAUCCCUCUGGUUUUACCAACCCAACAGUCACAAUAAGUAAACCUGAUGUACAGAAUAUGAAGCAGGCUGGCUCCAUAUUCAACAUGGAAACCAGUAACCUCUCUGUGAAAUAUUUUAUGAGCUCUUUGCAUGACUAUUUGGAAACACCUCCAACAUCAAAACAGGAACCAGGUGUAAAUUGUGCUUUUACAUUUCCUACAAGCAUUAAGCAUCUUCUCCAGUUAUAUGAAGUUGAUCCUGUUGAUCUUCUUCUGGAUCUGGGAUUUGGUGUAGAUGAACCUGAUAUCUGUGCUAAAAUACCCUCCCGGUUCAUUAUGAGCCCUUCUGGAGCGAGAGGAAUCAACAUUCAGGUCUUUCUCAAAGCUCAAAAACAGCGCAUGGACAUUGAAUAUCCAAAUCUCUGUGGGCGUUUCCGUCAAUUAGAAGUCCUUGAACAGGUGACAAGUGCUUUUUCAUCUUUACUGAAAGAUGUUAACUUAGCUAACUCGAUACAGGAUGGUGGCAAAGAAGGAGCCAUGCUUACUAAGAAAUCAACACUCACAAAGGAAAAGCGAAAAAGAGUAUGCCAGCUGCUUUGUAAGUUUGCCAAGGAAGCUAGGGAAUGUGAUGAGAGCUCUGUGUGCGUGGAUAAGAAAGAGUCCUGUAAAGGGCAAGUUAAUGAGAAUGAACCAUUUAAAGAAACAAGUGUCAGGAAAGUUUUCAGAAAAACAAGGAAACGUGGCCAUGACAGUGGCAAGUCAGCGAUUUUAACAAAUGAAAACAAAAAAGAAGAGAACAAGAUGCAUGUCCUGGCCCAAAGAAAGGAAAACCAACAAAGCUCACCUCUUCAGUCUUCUGUACGUGCACCUGUCAAACAAUAUAGCACCUCCUCUGAUAUGCCCAGGAUGAGCAGAGCAUACAAAAAUUUAAGGACACGUUCCAAAUCCCUGAGAAAUGCAGCUGUCCUUAGGACCCAGCUUCCAGACUCAUUUGAAUUGGAAGAGGUUCAGAGUUGUGAAGAAGAAUAUCCAAGAGCAUUCAACUAUGGCAGCAUCUCAGAAAUUACAAGAACAAUCAGCUGCCAGUCGGACAGUAGUGGCUUUCAAGAAGAACCAUUGGAGGCUUUUCAUUUAAAGAACCUCACCAAAAGCUUUAGCCUAAGUUCAGAUAGAAAUGAUAGUCAUGCAACUUUAAUAGAGGAAGAAUACUGCCAAGAAGACUAUAAUGAAUCAAAUGACAUGAGCCACGGAGCUGUAAAUGCUGAAGAUAAAAACGAUUCAACAUUAACAACUGAUGACAAAAUGCAGAUAAACAAAGGGGAACGAACAUUAUCUAAAAGCAGUAAAAACAGCGAUGAUGUCUUUGAAAGCUUUGAAACUGCUCCAGAUAGUUUUUUCAAGGAUGUAAACAAUGACAAUGAUAAAAAAAAUGAGAUGCAAACUGAAAGGAGCCAUGAGGAUGAAGAAAUCCGAAGAGAACCUCAAGAAGAAGAAGAAGAUAUCAUCUCAAUACCUGAAUACCCAGUUUAUAUCACACAUUAUCUUAGAAAAGAUAUAGCAACGAACAAUAACUCUUCUGUUGAUACACAUGAUGAGCAAAUGGACAACCGAGACAAAUUGGUAAGUGAGUGUCCAGGUACAAGUAGCACCUUAGAUCAGUUUGCUGGCAGGUAUAGUGAAACCUCUAUGGAAUUGCCAGACCUGAAAUGGACACCUCCACCAACAGACAACUUCCUAAACCCUCAAUCAGCGUUGCUUCCUCAUGGAUAUGAUUAUUAUCCAGAUGAAUCGAACGAUUUCUAUGAAGAUAAGAAGAAUGUGUUCCAGACAGAAAUAAACACCAAUAUUUACAAGUCUGUGACUAUUCAAAUGUCUUCAGAUUUAAAGCGAGACCUACAAAAUACUAAUGUGAAUGGAUAUUCAAACAAGCAGCCUAUGCUUUACACUUUAAAAGGCAGCAUCGAAGAUUCAGUUUUUCGGAAUGAUAUUUCUGAAAAGAAGGAAGCAUGUACUCAAACUGAAAUGGGGUGGCAGCGUGAAUACUCUGCUAACACUCACCAUUUACUUCACAGAUGUGGCUUUCCCACAGGGUCAAAUUCUUUUGAAAAUAGUGCUUUUGACAUGCAACUUCCAUGCCACCAAGUAACGAGAUCAUGCAGGCAUUGCUGUUUUUGUUGCCAUCACCACCACUGCUGUGCUCCAAGAUAUCCUUCAGUUUAUGAAAACCCCACACUAUUGAGGUCUAACUUAACUCACACAAGCAUGGAGAAUGAGCUGACAGAUACUUUGAAGAUGUUAAGAGAAUCACUUACUAAUAUUUCACUGCUUACUGAUUGUGAUUCAGAAUAUAUGAAAAAAGCAUGUCAGAAAUUUCGAGAACAGUUAAUAGAAAUUGAGCAACACUUGACUGAGCAACAAGCAGGAUGGCUAAAUAUGUACUCAAGUGAAGAAAGGGAAGAGAUCAGAAGAUUGUUUUUGUUACGUAGAAACGUUCUACAAGAGGUGUCAGAGCUGGAACAUCAUUUGAAUGAAAGGGCACAGCAUGUUAAGGAAACAAUUUCAAUGCAACUUGAACAGGUCCUGGAAGAGCAGUCAAAGUUAUAUUCAGACCUUGGUUUAACUAAGAGGAAAAAAGAAUGUGAUUCUUACAGUCAGAAUGAAAAUCCUCGGGGCAGCUUGACACAAUCAGCAUCAACUAACUAUGAAAACACUGAAGUGGAAAAUGCAAGUUCUCCUGACAUAGAAAACAAGAACGAAGAACAAAUAAAAUCUUCAAAAAUGGACUUUAGUGCCAUUCUUCAUAAUAUCAAGAAGACUUUCAGAAGCUUCAGCAACUCUUAAAAAAUGAUGAAAGUGUAACGACGAGAACAUCUUCUGAACUUAACAUUGAUUGCAAUAACAUAUUGUCUAAAUCAUGUUUGAUGCUUACAAGAGCACUGUUGUGCAAGGUUGCCUUACUACAUGUUAUUAUGCAGAGAAAGUAGUAUCUUGAUCAUAAACCAGCUGGUUUGCUCACAGGAAACCGAUAGCACUGAAAUUACUUAAACUAUUGCUGAAUAACAUCCCUAACAAGAAGACAAAUCCAAUAACAUAACAUUUCUAUAUUGUAUGUCUUAAGUACUGUAGAUUAAGAAUCUUUCUGUAAAUAUACAUGUUGUACUAUAUAACAAGCAUUUGUAGCCCUAAAUGAUAUAUAUUUAUGCACUACACAUCACACAUUUCACCAGUUUUUGGGUGGAGGUAGGACAUUUCAUUAACAAUGGACAGUUUUAGUAUUUGAGACUUUUACCUCAAAUAUAUAUUGGUCAGUUAUAUAAAUGCUAGAAAUCCUUUUUAGGUCAUUGUACUUGACAUUAUUUACACUGCCAGUUUGAAGACACGCUUGUUGGCUUUCUUGUAGAAUGGAAAAAAUCGAAUUAUUGUGUGCGUGAGAUUCCAUUGAAUGUAAUUAAAUACUAGAUAUUUUUAUUUUAAAAUGUCAAGUUGACCAAAUUAUUUUAUUAUAAUACCCAUACAUCUUCACUCUUCAACUCAAUUGAAUCAAGAAUGUUUGCACACUUUCCAUUCAAGUGAAUAGAAGGCAGCACAGGCCAUUGUGGCUGCAUUUGUCUUAGUUGAAAUACACUAGUGGCUAAUAUGACCCUAUUAUCAGCUUAAUGCUGUAAGGAUUUAUUUGCUGCAUUUCAAAUAACAUAUACUGUACUUGCAGUAUACUUACAGCUUUCUUGUUUUGUUGUGGUGUGUGCACUCAAAUAGUUACUGUGCAUGAAGAAAAACUAAAGUUAACAAAUUGUAGUUGAUUCUAUAAAUUGCACUUUUCAUUAUGUAAUAAAAAAAUUUGCACCAUAA